CUCCUCACGGUGCAUCUGUCUGUCUGUUUGUCUGCAUUUCUCUUAGAUCCACGUGAUGCCUUCACCUAUGCUGUCGAAACGGGGAGGUGUCAGUGAGCGUGGAGGAUGAGGACUCUGCUUGCCCUCACCAUCCUGGCAGCUGCCUCUGCCACACGGCCUUGCUCGUUCCUCACCCGCACAGGCGCCAAAUCCAGCAGGCCAGAGCAGCGCCUGACCGUCAAGAUGCGACCCACACAUCGCCAGACUAGCCGCCUCUAUGCGACUGUAAGCCAAGAGAGCACACCGCAUUGAUUCUCUGAUGCGCAUUGAUUCAUUCAUUUUGUGCUGCUCAGGACGACGCGGAGCGGCUUGAUGCGGUGGCAGCGCUCGCUGCCUUGCCUUGCAUGGACGUCGAGGCCCAAGUGGUGAGCGACUCAUACAGGACGCACGUGGUGUUCGCUGGUUCGGUCAAUUGACCGACUGUCCGUCCCGCAGGUCCGGAAGCUUACGGAGCUGAGGGACAGGUUUGAGUCGGAGAUCCUCGAAGUCGAGAAAUACGAGCCCGUAUGGUCGAAGAAGGUUGAAGCGCUGCGGGACAGAAAGUACAGGACACAUCCACACACGCACACACACGCAGGCGUGUGCGUCAUGCGUGUGUGAGUCUCUCUCUCUCUCUCUCUCUGUGUGUGUGUGUGUGUGUGUGUGUGUGUGUGCGCAGCCCAGACGACCCUGAAGUGCAGCGUGUGAGAAUAAUCUACGACAUCAUGCAGAUUGCGAAACAGUCCUAUGUGGCUAGUUCCGUCAGUGCACACAACACACAGCGUCACAGACGGACACACACAUCGAGUAGCAAGCGUCUCUGAUGUUGUCCAUUCUGCGACAGAUUUCGGUCUCGUCAGGCUGUGUGCCACCAAGGGUAAGUGAGAUGCCGUUCAUCUGCGCGCACGCACACACUGUGGGGAAUGUGUCUGUCUCUGUGUCUGUCUGUCCGCUGGCAGGCAAGGCCCUCGGGAUUGACGUGAAGUUUGAUCGCAGAGUCAUAAAAGUGGUCUCCAAGUGGGCAGCCGAAGGGAAGCCUUUGGAAGUCAGGAAGGUGCUCACACAGACCGACCAUGUGAGGCCUCAGAGAAGACACAUAUCGCCAGCCGCCUCCAUCUGUUUGAUUGCCUUUCUCUGUGUGCAUGGCACACACAGAUGGGCUCGACGGUACUCCAUUGGGCUGCAUCUCAAGGCGACUCUGCAGCUGUGUCUGCGCUGUGAGAAGCACAGAUGGCUGACUGACGCGAACAUCUCAUCCACACACUCUCUCCUCUGUGUCAUUCUCAAAGGCUCGAGUGGGGCGGCGCUGCACUGCUCGACAUCAAAAACAACAAAGUGAGUGCACACAGAGAUUCCCACCAUCGAUGGUUCGAGUGGUUUUUGCUCAUCGCAUCUCAUGGCAACAGGGCGAGAGGCCGUGGGACAAGGCGGUGGACAAGCCGGAGAUCAGAGAGAUCAUGGAGAGAUACAAGCAGUAGGUCAAUUCUCGAUGCUGUCUAUGUGUGAGAAGCCUCCCUGACGGAACGCAUCGCUGAGUGGCUGUGCAGACGCUCGCACACAGAUUUGUCUGUGUGCGGGUAUUUGAGAGACCGUAGAGUGUGAGACAUUUUGGUCCAUGUAGGAGGACAACUAGUGUAUCUUGUGUGUCUUUUUGUGUGUUGGGCAUUGCGUUGCCGGGGACUUCGCUGAGGCAAGCGACCGUCAGAGCACAGCUCGUUUCGAUGCAUCACUUAAAGCAGG